ACUAUCAACGGUCGUGAUUGAGAGCGUCCUGCGACUACAAACAAUUGUCUCCUCUUUCAUGAGAAGUUUGGAGUUGCUGUCAAACUUGGACCUUAUAAACCAACACUGGAUUUAGCCUACAUUUGAAGAAGUUGAAAGAAGUUAUUUUUAUGUCCGCGUAAAGUGGAAUGACUAACCUUACUUAUCAAAUCUUCACAAGGAAAUACUAAACGUCACAAAGAAUCGCAAGGAUGCUUCUUUAUGAACUUGUCGCACUCGUAAAAAUAUGUUUUGUGACUUUAUAAACUAAAACGUGCAACUUCUUGUUGCAUUUAGUAAGCAGAAUAUGUCUCUCUUGUAAAAGCGUUCAGAGUUCCUAACGACUUGGGAAUUCUGUUUCUCUUCUUGCCCAGAAAAGUUCUUCUGCUGGGUUUUACGCAAAACUGAAUCUCACCUCAGUUUAAACUCGUUUCAUAAGCGGCCCACAAGGGCUUGGACGAUUUCAGUCAUGAACGUGCCAAGGUGCUCUGGAGUUUGCGCUAUGAUGAGACUUCUGGCGCUGGUUAUACAUGUUUUGUCAACGACAGCAAAGAGACACGUUGUAUACUGGAACAGUACAAACACACGGUUAACAGGAGAUGAUUACUCUGUCCAGGUCAAUCUGAGUGAUUAUCUGGAUAUACUGUGUCCCCACUAUCCUGCUGAACACCAGUCGAGUGGACCUGUGGAGAGUCUGGCUCUCUACCUGGUGGCUGAGCGCCAGUUCAAGGGCUGCGUGGAGACUAAAGAGGCCAUUAAGAGAUGGGAGUGUAACCAGCCGUACGCUCCCUAUGGCCCUGUCAGAUUCUCUGAAAAGAUCCAGCGCUUCACACCCUUCUCAUUGGGCUUUGAAUUCCUGCCUGGACACCAUUACUACUAUAGCUCACUAUCCUCAGACGAUGGACCCCCCCUCCCCUGUAUGAAACUACGAAUCACUGUGUGCUGUCCACCAAGCUGGCUCUCAGACCCCUGCAGUUAUGUUGACCUUCCGCUCGGCUUGGCUGAUGCUGGAUCAGCAGGGAAUGCCGCCCAGUAAGAGUGGGAAUGGCAGUCCAGUCCGUAAGCUGUCCGACCCAAUUCCACCUCCUGCUUCACACACAUGCACAUACACGCGCACACACACUCAGAAGCUGUCUAACCCAAUAUCCAAGUCCUGCCCCGGCCCCAAACCUGGCUUCUGGCCUCUCACAGUUUCUCCAACUUUUCAUGGAACAAUUUGUCCACUUCUGCUGUGAAAAAAAAAAUGUUUUAUGUUUCUUACAGGUUAGUUAGUUUGACUGGAGAUCCAUGGCAUUGUAUUUACAUUUGUCAGUUGCUCAGUUAAGUGGGUACCAUUGCAUUUAUUCCACAAAAAGAGUAAAUCAAACAGAAACUGUGUUGUGAAAUCAAAUUCUUGGAGUCUUUAAGGAGAUGCUUUGCUGAAUUCUGAGAGUUGUAUAACCUUCAAUGAGAAAUAUCUAGUUUGCAGUUGGGGCAGAAAAUGCUUGUGCAAUUGAUUUGCAAUAUUUGUAUGAGAAAUAUGUGUAGCAGAGAAUGAUCUGAGGUGCAUGAGCUUAUUUCAGGAGCAAAUAUUUGAUAAGAGAUAAUGGAGUUUUUUUGUUGAUUUGAGGCGGCAAAAUAUUUGACUAAAAAAGGACAUUUACUUUAUCCAUGGAAGAUGUGAAUGCGUGGAAUGACAACUUCUCUCUUUCUCGUCUUUGCACAUUUUCCUCUUCUCACGCUCCCGCUUCAGAUGCUCCAUCUCUUUUAUCCCUCUCUCUUUCCCUUCCUCUCUAUCUAUUUCCCUCUUUUUCUGUUCUCUAACCGAAACUAAUCCAGACUAAACUGUAGCAUCCCUUCUCCCUCCCUCCUUUUUUCUUUCUCCUCCUAGUGUGUAGCCUUUCCUGGAGUGGCACUAAUCUUCCCCACUCUGUUUCUUUUAGUCUUUUCCUCCCGUCCCUCAUUUUUAUGAUCUGUCGUUACCAGAGCAAAACUAAUCAGGGUCUUAUCCACUACACAUUCAUUGAGUUUCGUCUCUCUCUUCAAACCCUGUCCAUUUCUGGAAUUCUGCUCAUCUUCUAUUCCAUCUGUCCCUUGCAUCAUGUUCCUGAAUAGUUAUAGACGCAUCUAUUUAAAAUAUAUUCGACAAUUCUUUAAUAACUUUUGUUUAAUAACUGUGAUUGAUUGGCAAAUUAACAUAAGUAUUCAUUCUACUUGUGUCAGUGGAUAGAGCACAUUUUCAGUUUUGAGGGAUUUUGAGUAUAUAGGGAUA